AAUAAUCUUUGCGAUUUGCUUUUUAUCGGUUCACUAGAAUUAUAAAUAAAGAGAUUCCAUUUUAAUAGCAACGCUCCAAACUAUUCGAUAUUUAGAAAGUGUAAUAAUCCUCCGAACAUGGCUGCUAACCCACCGGAAGAAGGAUUCGACCAGGCAGAGUUCGAAGACGACGAGCUUGGAGAGGUGCAGAUCGAGACCUCGUCCGGCCGUAAGCGCCUUUUCAGCAAGGAGUUGCGCUGCAUGAUGUACGGCUUCGGAGACGACCAGAACCCGUACACGGAAAGCGUCGACCUGCUGGAGGAUUUGGUGGUCGAGUUCAUCACCGAAAUGACACACCGAGCGAUGGAAAUCGGCCGUACUGGGCGUGUGCAGGUCGAGGAUAUUGUGUUUCUGGUGCGCAAGAACUCGCGGAAGUAUGCUCGCGUGAAGGAUCUGCUGACGAUGAACGAGGAGCUGAAGCGGGCACGCAAGGCGUUCGACGAGAUCAAGUACGCUGGUGCGGAAGCAAAGCUUAAGUAAUUGUUCCCUUGAGGCGGGCUAGUUCCAAGGGCUUGAAGACUGUGCUUUCUAUUCCUAUCCAAAAUAAUGUAGCAUAAGAGUGAUAACAAUAAAACAAGCUGAUCAGAUGUAUGUAAUAUGUACGCC